CGACAACACGGCAAUCUAUACGACACUCAACGCUCUUUGCUUGCCCGGCUCUUCAUCACAACUGAUCCGACGCGGUUGCCUCACCAUCUGACCGCUGGUAACUGACAAUGCCUUCCGCACGAGCGACGUCAUCCUCGCGAGCACUGGAAGCAAUCCUGCCGCUCAUUGCAUCUGGCCAACCAUACGAAGCGCACCAGAAGGCCCGUACAUUUGCUUCCAGAUACAACAAGUCGGGCCAGUACGAUACCGCUAUAAAUGUCCUCUUCCAAUCCGCCCGCGAGCUUCUCAAAAUCGGACAGCAAGGGAGCGGCACUGACCUCACCACUUUCCUCGUGGACGUCUAUGAGAGCAAGGGCGAGACUGUGAGCGAUGAGAGCCGCGGCCGGCUGACCCAACUGAUUGCUCUCGCUGGCCCGUCAGGCUCAUGGCGGAAGACCAUCAUUGACAAGUCCAUUGCAUGGUCCGCCAAAGCUGGACCUCACCCUGCAGGCGAUCCUGAUCUGCACCAUUACGUCGGUGAACUUUUUUACAAAGAGGGCACCUUUGACGCCGCAGAACCAUACCUGCUCAACGCGGGAAAGCGAGACAGUGCUCGAGUACUUGCCGAAACGUUCAUCGAAUGGGCAGGUCCAGAAGGGCCUGUCGGCGCGUUCGCACUGCGCGGUACGAUACCGUAUUUGCAGAACGGAAAUAUCCUCGCUGCGCGGGCUUUCAUAAUCCACUUCGUUUCCCAGCUGACCACCCGUCGACCAUCGCUGCUUUCGUCUAUUUACCCGUCACCAAUCUCAAUCGGAAAAUCAAUAGAUGGCCAGCAAGACGAGAUCACGUUCACCACUGACUCCGCUGUCAAUUUCGCGCAACUUGCUGUGCGCACAUGCCAACGCGCGCAGGGUGACAAGAACAAGGCCAUGCGCGAAGCCUGGGUCCGGCUUUGCGGAACGUACCAGAGCAGAGGGGGUGAUGUUGCGAACAGGGAAGUACGGAAGGCACUCAUAGAGAUUGCGGAGCUCUAUUUUGCAAUACCCCCGCCGCGAGCGGCGCAGGCGAACCCUUUCGGAGACGUGAUCUCCGCUAUGUUUGGGGGUGGCGCGCCUGGUCCCGCCCCCGCCCGCCGCACCCUCACGCCCGCCGCCCCAACAGCGGCUCCAGGAUUGGACUGAUUUGAUUUAUCGUUUGUUGGAGGUGUUGAGCUGAUGAGGUGGCCGCGGCACCAAAGAUACCCACGCGGCAUCUGGCCGGGCUGGGGUACGAAGCACGGCAGGUCGGGGCACCAGGCGAGCCGGCUGCAGAGAGAAGGAGAAGCCGUGCAGCUGAUUGAGGAGAUAUGAGCCUGCUUCGUCACGGGGCGGAGGGCUCGAAGUGGUGCAGAACGUAGAACGUGUGUUACAAACUGUGUAUGUAGGUUUCCCGGUUGGAAUGGGACGGAGCUCACGGUCUGUGUUCGGUGUCAUGGACGUCGCGCCUGAGCUCUGGGUCUCAUGAAUACUGCAAUUCAAAGAUAAUGCCCUUCGCCGGGGUAUUGUCGCGGCUCUCACAUGGUCCGACAAAGGGGUUAUCGGAGCGUCGCUGCACGCACUCGUACUAUCACGGUCCCAGGCCCAAGGCUACAGCGCUUUGAACGACCGUUGACGUUGGCCCACUCGCGUCCGUUCCAUUUCAGGGUGGCGUGCCAGGGUCUGCUUACUAGCUAUAGCUGUGGGACGACGACCGAGCGUUGCUCCUGCGCCACAGGAAUGGUGGCUUCAGACAG